GCGGAGGUACUUCCCCCGGACACAUAUUCGAAGCCUCCCCCAUACUCUCUUGGGUCCUUCGAUUUGAACGUUAUGUUAUACUCAGCAUGAAUUAAUGCUUAGCUGCAAAUUACGAUGAGCAAUUUCAGCUGUGACUAAUUUGAUGCAAAUGGCCACGGGAACCCCCUCGUUUUGAAAUGGAGCGCAGCACGCCAGUUGUCGAAUCUUUGCUAUUUCAACCCAGUCAAGACGCAGAUCCGCUCCCACGACUUCCAGCAUGCCGAUUUUGUUACGCACGAAAAGCCAAGUGCGAUAACGCUCGGCCUAAGUGCAGCUUAUGCGUGAAACACAACGAGGAAUGUAUGACCCUGGGGCUGGACGAAAACGAGACUUUUAGUAGAAAGUAUAUUGGAGACCUUGAACAGGAGAUUAGAACGCUGGAAAGACAAACCCAGGCUUCUGACACAGACAGACCAAACCCGACUCUGUCUCAAGAUACCCAAGGCUCAAACCAGCUUCGGCAUAUAUCUCAACAAACCAACCCUAGAAUCCUUGCUCGCCAAGAAGACGGCCAUUCACCAAACUUUGUGGAAGGAGGCGGUAUCAGCUUCAUGCGACAUCUGGUAGCAGAUUCCGGAUGGCGUGAGCACGAUCCAACUUUGCUGCAAAACCUGACAAGGAAUCCUGGACCUGCCGAAGCCGGUAUUAAACCGCAUUCUCUUCCUCCAGCCGAACAGGGCCGGAAAAUCUUUGACAACUACCUGAAUGGGUCUCAUGUCCAGAAUCCAUUCUUCCUCCGGCGCGAAGUACAGAGGAUCUGCGACACUGUAUUUGGGUUUGACUUGGAGGGAAGCGAAAACGAGACUCAGAGCGGAUUGACCGGAUUGACCCAGCAUAUCUCAAACCAUGAUCUAUUUCGUGCAUUUAUGAUACUGGCGGUAGGAUCUGUGGUUCUGUAUCGCAAUGGGGUCAUCAAACAUCAUCCGUAUGGAUUCUAUCUCUCGGCGAUGAAGUAUCUCGAUGAUAGUUUACUUUCAAGGGGCUUGGAAUCAAUUCAAGAUUUACUGCUGGUGGGACGAUUUGCAAUCUACCAUCACAUAGGAACAUCUAUCUGGGAGAUCAUUCGUCUCUGCAUGCGCUUAUGUAUCGAACAAGGUCUCCAUAAACCACCUCCUUUGACUUCUAAAGAUAGUCUGUUGGAAGAACAGCUUCAACGAAGAGUUUUCUGGGAGUGUUACAUGAUCGACCGAUAUAGCUCGAUCACGUUGGACCGUCCGUGUGCUAUCGCGGACAAAUACAUUCGGAUUGGGUUUCCCGCUGACGCCAACGAUGAAGAACUAGAGGCCGUAGAUGUAUCUAAGUCUUUCCCUGACUUGGAUUCUUUCUGUGCAGCCUCAUCCAUCCAUUCGCCCUCGGACCGUGGGAACACCGAGAUGUCCGUUUUCUUUGCUUGCCUUCGACUUCGUCAAAUCACCUCCUCCAUUCACUCUAAAUUUGGCGACAAAGCAACUCCUACAACAAUACGACAUAAGGCUACGGCCAGAGGGGCUAUUUACGCUGAGCUGGAUCAGCUCUUGAGCGAACUACACGGAUGGCGCUGCACCACUCCUUCUUUCGAGAACCCACGGAGUUUGUACGAGAUGCAAGACUGGUACGAUCUGCUCUAUUUCAGAGAACGGCUACAGUUGGUGAGGAAGGCUAUCGACUUGGUCCCCAAGCAAAAUGGUAUUCCACCCCGGGACCUUUUGUCCCUCUGCUUACAAUGCGCAACUGGGGCCAUAACCGCUUUCUGGAAGCUUUUUGAGCCGAAAAAGAUCACAUUCACACGAAGUUAUUUUCAAAUGCUUUUUACCGCGGGGCUCUCGAUCAUGUACUGCCUGUCGGUCGUAAGCGAUUUUGAGGGAACCGAGGCUAAGGCUGGCACCGAGGCUGUGACAACCUGUGAGUACAUCUUGAAGAUGAUGGGUGUGAAUCUGUCAGAUGCAAAGCGUUAUGUUGCUGUCUAUGAGGCACUGCGUGGCUACGUCAUUCGCAAAUACAGUCGGCAUUUCCUGGGAGAUCCGCAACCCGGAGACAACAUUCUUGCUUCAACACAAAACGCCUACCAAACCUCUGCCUUAAACUUCGCUGCUUCUCGUAAUGAAAAAAAUACGGGCGAUAUAUCCAGCAGCCAAAUGCCAUCCCUCGGCGUUAUCGGCUUUACCAACCAUCACACAGUCCAGAGCUCAGCAGAAUUGCCGCUGCUCGAUACAGCAUUAGCCGAUCUUCCAAUCAUGCACGGCACAGACGAGUCUAUCUACAACGAUGCAACCAUAUCCGAUGGAUCCGUUCUAUCUUGGAAUAUCUUUGGGGACGAUUCCCUAUGGAACGUGGAAGCCGGUUUGAACGAAUAUGCGUAUGGGGACCCGCCAGCGACUUUGUACUUGGAAGAUCCUUUUGAUUUACAGAACAUCUUGUAAUAAGAAAUAGUACAUAUGGACUGUACAUAUUUAUAACACAGUUAAACCGCUCUUCGAC